UAAGCCGUUUCCCGUUCGUCCUCUCAACGAAAGCCGCUUAGAUUAUCAUUUCCUCCCCAAUUAUCCGUUUCUCCCAAUUGGGUUUUGGGUGGAGAGAAUCAAUCAUCUUCCUCUGCAUUUUGAUUUGGGAAGUUUUCUGUGGAAGUCUCUGGGCUUUGGGAGAAACAGUAAAAGACCACAAGAGCGAAAGAGCGACAGAUUUCUCUUCUGGGUCUCUUCACUGCGGUCUCCUUCUCUGUGGGGCUUUACUGAUCUUAAACGUGCCGGCGAUUGAAGUACGAAAUCAAUUGCACGCGUUUGAUUGGGAGGAAAGAGAGGGAAUCGGUGAUUGGGGCGGAUUUCCUGGUGAUUUAGUCUUCUGGACGGCGGCGGCGGCGGUGGCGGCGGAGCUCUGUUGUGGAAGAGACGAAUAGUUUUGUAUAUCUUGAAAUCAUUGUAGAUGGUUCUCCUCGGUUCCAUCUUCUCAAUUAGCAGGGAUGUAGCUGGAGUCGCCGGGCACAUCUUUGCUUUUGGGCUUUUCUUAUCACCCUUAGAUACGUUUAGGCGUGUUAUUAGAAACCGAACAACAGAACAGUUUUCGGGGUUGCCAUAUAUAUACGCUCUCUUAAACUGCCUCAUUUGCCUCUGGUAUGGCUCGCCCCUCAUUUCUCCAAGCAACAUUAUGGUCAUGACGGUCAAUUCGAUCGGUGCGGUUUUUCAGUUAGUCUACAUCAUCCUCUUCAUAACCUAUGCUGAAAAGGAUAAAAAGAUGAAAAUGCUGGGAUUGUUGCUUGCAGUCUUUGGCUUUUUUAUAGUCAUUGUUGCUGGGAGCUUACAAAUAGCUGACCUCCCGUUGCGACAAACUAUUGUUGGGCUUUUGAGUUGCGCAUCUCUCAUAUCGAUGUUCGCUUCUCCGUUGUUUAUAAUAAAUUUGGUGAUUCGAACGAAGAGUGUCGAGUUUAUGCCAUUUUAUCUGUCCCUUGCAACCUUCCUCGUGAGCACAUCUUUCUUCCUCUAUGGACUGUUCAAUUACGACCCGUUCAUAUAUGCCCCAAAUGGGAUAGGAGCUGUGUUGGGGAUAGUACAAUUGGUGUUGUACUUCUACUACAGUCAAGUUUCUACAGAGGAGUCUAGAGAACCUUUAAUCGUAUCGUAUGCGUGAAUACACGCAUUAUAACAAUAAGGAACCAUAGAUUUUGGAGGGCUGUUGUUCUGGCUACUGUGUUUGUUAGAAACUUACUUUCUCCCAUUCAUUUCUCCAGUUUAAUUGAUUGGUUUGUUUUUUAGUUGUCAAUCAGUUAAAUGGUGUAUUUUUAUACAACCAAUCCCAAGAUUCUCAUUAGUGAAGAAUGUUGUAAUAUUUUCCAGCCUUAUUGAUCGAAAAGCUUUGUUCUAUGGCUGCUGCUGCUGCUCUCUAUUUAUGAUUUGAUUGCAAGCUGUUUGGAUUUGUUAGAGUAUUGUUUUAGAUGAAGAACCUUAAUAAAGGAAAUAGGCCACUCUGGUAUCUUAUUCUUCUUCCGAAAA